GACGAUACAAGCCAUCUUCUUCUUCUAUCUCCUCUACCCUGAACCUUGACUACUUUCUAUAACCUUCGUUUUCGCACUUUUUCUUGCACUACUACCAUGGAGAGCAAGUUGGGAGCCGGUGCUUUGCAGCAACCCAAUGUUUCCAGCUCUGUUCAGCAACCCUCCCGAGCCAACAAUGUGCUGCAGCAAUCAAGCCAGGUAGGUUCUUUGCAGCAACCUUCUCAACUGGGUCCGUUGCAGCCGUCAAGCCAGCUGGGUAAUCUACAGCAACCCACCCAACUGGGUUCUUACCAGCCAUCAAGCCAGCUGGGUGCCCUCCAGCAACCGACCCAACUGGGUUCUUAUCCGCAAUCAAGCCAGCUGCUGGGAUCUCAGCAGCAACCGACCCAACUGGGUUCUUACCCGCAAUCAAGCCAGCAGCUGGGAUCUCUGCAGCAACCCACCCAACUGGGUCCUUACCAGCAACCCAGCCUGGGCAGCAAUGUGUUGCAAGCUGGUCCAUUGCAGCAACCAAGCCAGCUGGGUUCUUUGAUCCAGCCCACCCAACAACUGGGUUCUUUCCAGCAACCCAGCCUGGGCAGCAAAUUGUCACCGAGUUCUAUGCAGCAACUGAUCAGAAGUGACCGAGGCAGCAUGCUAACAUUGUCCGAUGACAAUGUGAUGGUGAAGCAAAUUCAGGGCACCCAUGCUCCAGAUGGCCGAGAAGUUGAUGUCAGACCCCUUCUCUUUAUUGCUGAGGACAUUCUUAAUCGCGCCACUCUGAAUCCUGAUGGCCUCCUUGUAGCGGGCACCCAAGCACAAAUUGAGAGCUUGGAGCAGAGGGUCCAACAAGCUGGUUUCCUUUCCUUGUUGGAUGCCCUGUCAUUUACAAUUGACCGAAUUUCCCGCGAGAUAUCAUACAAGGCUAUGGGUGGCACGGAUGCACACCAAACGACACUCUCAAUAUUUAACCUAGUAUCAUCGUAUUCAUGGGAUGCUAAGUUGGUGCUGACCCUAGCGGCUUUUGCUUUGAAUUAUGGAGAAUUCUGGCUCCUUGCCCAGAUUUACUCAACAAACCAACUUGCCAAAGCAAUGGCGCUCCUGAGGCAGGUGCCUGGCCUAAUUGAGCGUGCAGUCUUACUGAAACCCCGGUUCGAUGCACUUAACGAUCUACUGAGGGAGACAAUGGAAGUGACCCGGAGUGUGGUUGAGUUUAGAGAGCUACCAUCCAUGUAUAUCACACCGGACGUACCUGCAUUAUCCACAGCCAUGGCCGUCAUUCCAACUGCUGUCUAUUGGACCAUCAGGAGCAUCGUCGCCUGCUCAACUCAGAUUAAUAGCUUCUCUAGCAUGGGUUUCGAGUUUGCGAUUUCCGCCACAGAAGCACAUUGGGAGUUAUCCACCCUGGCUCACAAGCUCAAAAACAUACGUGAACUUCUUAAGACGAACCUGGAAAAGUGCCUCCAAUACAUAGAGGAGAGGAUGGACGGUGAAUCUUAUCAGAUUCUUAUCAAUCUCUUCGAGACGAUUCACCUUGACAAUAUGAAGGUUCUCAAGGCCCUGAUUUACCCUAGGGAUGAUCUGCAGCCGCUUGUUGACGGUUCCUCCAAGAAAAGGGUUAACAUAGAAGUUCUUAGGAGGAAGAACGUGUUAUUGCUGAUUUCAGGCCUGGACGUCUCCCAAGACGAGCUUUCUAUUCUUGAACAGAUUUAUAAUGAGUCCAGGAUGCACUCGACGAGGCUCGAAAGUCUGUAUGAGCUUGUGUGGAUUCCGCUUAUCGACCGUUCGGUCCAGUGGAGUGACCCCAUGCAAAAACAAUUUGAGACCGUGCGGUCUGCAAUGCCGUGGUACACGGUGCAUCACCCUUCGUUGAUAGGAAAGCCAGUGGUCAGGUUCAUCAAGGAGAAGUGGCACUUCAGGAAUAAACCUAUCCUUGUGGUGCUCGACCCUCAAGGAAAGGUGGUGUCCCCCAAUGCAAUUCACAUGAUGUGGAUUUGGGGAAGCAAUGCCUUUCCUUUCACCACUUUGAGAGAAGAACAGCUCUGGAGGGACGAGACUUGGAGGCUUGAGCUGCUGGUGGAUGGCAUUGACCAAACAAUACUCAACUGGAUUAAAGAGGGAAAAUACAUUUUCUUGUAUGGAGGGGACGACACUGAAUGGGUUCGGAAAUUUACAAACGAAGCACGCGCAGUUGCAGCGGCGGCACGCAUACCCUUAGAGAUGUUCUAUGUGGGAAAGGGCAGCAAAAGGGAGCAAGUCCGGCGAGUGAUAAAUACCAUCACGCUGGAGAAGCUGAGUUCGUCCUACUGGCAAGACCCAGCCAUGAUAUGGUUCUUCUGGACCCGGCUUGAGAGCAUGCUGUUCUCGAAGAUUCAACUAGGCAAGUCUGACGACCACGCGGCCGACCCGGUGAUGCAAGAGAUAAAGAGGCUGCUUAGCUACGACAGAGAGGGCGGAUGGGCUGUGCUGAGCAAAGGGUCUAGCAUUGUGGUGAAUGGGCAUGGAAACACGGUUUGGACCACCUUGUUGGAGUAUGAGAUGUGGAAGGCGAAUGUGGCGCUGCAGGGUUUUGACGUGGCUUUCAAGAACCACCAUGACCUGCGUCAUGGUGAGAAAUACCCCUGCUGCCGGUUCGAGUUCUCGCACAAUGCCGGAAGGAUCCCGGAGCGCAUGAAGUGCCCUCAGUGUCACCGCAACAUGGAGGAAUUUACCACUUUCCUCUGCUGCCACGAGGAAGGCGUUCCAACCAUACUAUACUAAGCAAACCCCACCUACACUGCAUUUCCUUAUAGCUUAAUUAGCUAGCUAGCAGCCAUAUGUACGUCCGUAUGAGUACAAUGCAUGCUAGCUAGUUCUAAAUAAUCACAAUUGUGUGCAUUUUUCUUUUUCUUCUUUUCCUAUUUUUUGUGUAGCGAGAUUCGAGUGUGAGAUCGAGAUCGAUCAUGUGAUCUCAGCAGCCACUUUCUGGCCGCUUAUGUUUGCCAUUUUAUGCUAUAAAUAAAAGUAUUAAUGUUAUUGUA